UUCUCACGAAAACAAGAAGCGAGUGGACGAUGAGACCAUCCCCAAGUGGAGAGCUGCUCUCAACGAGGUUGGAGGGUUAAAGGGGUGGUACAUAGACAACGUGGCUAACAGGCACGAAGGAGAACUGGUUAAACAGGUUGUUACCAAGGUUUUAAGUGAGCUGAAAAAGGCUUAUUUGGUGGUUAGUGACUUCUUGGUUGGCAUUGACGACAGUGUGAAAGAAGUUUUGGGGAUUAUAGGCACUGGCACUGAUAAAGUAAGGACCGUGGGAAUCCACGGAAUGGGUGGCAUCGGAAAGACGACUCUUGCCAAAGUAGUCUACAACCAGCUUUCUCGGGACUUUGCUAGCUGUUGUUUCCUUCCCGAUGUUAGACAUACUUCAAACUCGAAAGGAAUUGUGUAUUUGCAGAACCGACUAAUUUCAUAUCUCUCAAAAGGGACAUGCUCAAGUAUUGAUAGCAAGGACGAGGGACUGAGGACUAUCAAAGAGAGAUUUUCUAGUAAGAAAAUUCUUAUUCUUCUUGAUGAUAUCGAUGACGAGAGUCAACUAACUGCACUUUUGGGGUGGCAAGGUUGCUUUGGCCCUGGAAGCCAGAUACUUAUAACCACAAGGAAUGCACUUGUUCUCCGUGCAUUCCAAGUAAAAUUGAUUUAUCGCAUUGGCGUAAUGGAUUUUGAUAGAUCCCUUCAGCUAUUCAGCAUGCAUGCUUUCAGAAGAGAUAACCCUCCAAUUGAAAAAUUAAAACAAUCUAGAGAAAUUGUGGAGAUCGCCCAAGGUCUUCCACUGCUGCUUGAGGUUAUGGGUUCGACUUUAUCAUUACGUGGACAAACACAAGAGAUGUGGGAUGAUUACCUAGAGAAGUGGAGAAAAGGUCCCAUCCAGAGAAUUCGAAGUAAGUUGAUGAUAAGUUACGAAGCGUUGGAUCUCAAUCAAAGGCAAAUAUUUCUUGACAUAGCUUGUCUUUUUGUUGGAUGUGAUAAGAAUAUGGUAAUAUACAUGUGGAAAGACUGUGAUCUAUUCCCAAUAGAAGGUCUUGAAGUGCUUCAGUUGAUGUCAUUGAUUAAAAUUGAAGAAGAUAAUAAAUUGUGGAUGCAUAAUCAACUGAAAGAUCUCGGCAGAGAAAUUGUUUCUCAAGAAAGUGGUGAGCAAUUAGAGAAGCAAAGUAGACUGUGGAAUCACAAAGAUGCAUUCAACGUGCUAUUGAGCAAGAAGAAAAAUGAAAAGCUCCAAGCCCUCCGUCUGAAGUUUGAGGAUUGGGCAGAUUAUCGUUUUACUCUUCAAGGAUUUGCAGAGCUUCCAAAUCUAAGGUUCCUUCAUGUGGAUAGUCGACAUCUUACUGACAAAGUCGACCGUCUCUACUCCAAAGCUACAAUUCUUAUGCGUAACAUGUCCUCGUUCAUGUCGCCGACGAACUCUUAUCUGAGCAAGAAGCAACUCCUUCCAGAUUUAAGAUGGUUCUCUUGGCAUAAUUUUCCUCAGCGGAUACUGCAAAUAAGCAAUUUUUCAUUGAGUAAUUUAGUCAUUCUUGAUUUUUCAAGAAGUAAAAUUACUCAUGAUUGGAGCGGAUGGAGACAUAUCAAGAGAGCAGAGAAAUUAAAAGUUCUUAACCUUUCUGGGUGUGAGCUCUUGACCAGGACUCCUAAUUUCUCCGGAUUCUUGAAGUUGGAGAGAUUGAUUCUUGAAAAGUGUGAAAGAUUGGCUGAAAUCCACUCGUCAAUCGGUCAGCUAAAGUACUUGGUUUUCUUGAACUUGAACUUCUGUAGUGAUCUCCGCUAUCUACCACAAGAGUUGGGUAGAUUGUCAGCUCUCACAGAACUUCUCCUUGAUGGAACUUCUAUACGAGAAAUUCCAGAAUGGUGGGUCAUGGAGAACCUGAAGAAGCUUUCAUUGGAUGCGACACCAAUUACUCACUUACCCGACUCCAUUCGAGCGCUAACAAACCUUGAAAGCUUAUCUUUGAAUUGGUGCUCGAAUAUGGGUAGACUUCCACACUCCAUUAAGGAACUACGAUCAUUGACUGAGUUGGAUCUAUUGGAAACAGGAAUCAUAGAGCUCCCCGACUCUAUGGAAAGUCUGGAGAAUCUGAAAGAAUUGAAACUUUCAGUGUGCUAUGGGUCAGGGGGUAUCUCUGCCCUGCCUAAACUUCCCAUAAGCUUGACUUCUCUGGCAAUCUCUUCUCCAUCGCUGAUAACAAUUCCAGAUUUUUCGAGCCUGAUCAAUCUAAAACUACUAUUAUUGUGCAUGGGAGUGCCUGAUAUCUCUAGCUCAUCUGAGUUGGUGCAAUCACAAGAACCCAUGCCAUGGUGGAUUGGGAGGUUAUCCAAAUUGGAAGUCUUGACCCUGACAAUCCCACAUAUGACCAACCUAUCUCCCGAGUUAGGUGCACUUCCUCAAUUGAGAUCUCUUCAUCUUUAUGGUUGCCAUGCUUUGGAAUGCAUUCCGCAUAUUCCCUUGAUGGUCUCAAAGCUUCACCUCAUAGAUUGCCCAUCACUUACCACACUUGAUAUCUCAAAUUUGAAGAACCUAUCAGAACUAUAUGUCCUUGCUACACCUCUAGAGGAUCUUUCCGGGGACGAACUUCUAGACAAUCUGCUAGAAUGCAAGAUAAGUGCGGACUAUGCGCACGAUUUGCAAGUGCAUUUGAGGUCAAAGAUGUUGGAACAGCACGGACUCACAAAAAAUAUCUUGGGGCUCCGUACCAGAGAAAUUGAGAGGGGCUAUUUUUCAUUUCUUGGGAAGAGAAGAAGAUUUUUU